GCCUCGCCCGCCGCAGCCGGCACCGGCUCCAGCCGCAGCCCGAGCCGGUCUUGAGCCCUGGGGGGACCCGCAUCCUCAGCCGGCUGCGCCUCGAGCCGCGAGGGACCUGCAUCCCGCAUCCCGAGCCGGUCCUGAGCCAGUCCUGAGCCAGAAGGGACCUGCAGCCCGCAUCGCGCUCCAAUUCUGAGACGGGAGGUACCUGCACCCCGAACCAGGAGGGCUCCGCAUCCCGCUCUGCUCCCGAGCCAGGAGGGGCCCGCAUCCUGCUCCGGUUCUGAGCCGGAGGGAUCCGCAAACUGCUCUGCUGCUGAAUCAGGAGGUACCUGCAUCCCGCAUCCCUCUCUGAUCCUAAACUGUGAGAACCAGGAGGGACUCACAUCCUGAACUGGCUGCGACCUGAACGAGGAGGGACCUGCAUCCUGCUCCGCUUGCAAGCUGAGAAGGACUCGCAUCCCCUUCUGGUCCUGAACUGGGAGGGAUUGAACUGGGAGGGAUCCGCAUCCUGAAGUGGCUGUGCCGUGAACCAGGAGGAAUCUGCACCCUGGUGCAGCAGCGUCCAAGCCUGGAGGAACCUGCACCCUGAAGCAGCUGUGCAUCGCAGUCCAGCUGUGCCCAAACCAGGAGGGUUCACCCCAAAUCAGCUGUGCAUCGCAGUCCAGCUGUGCCUGAACCAGGAGGGUUCACCCCAAACCAGCACUGUGCCUUAACAUGUCCAGGCACCCUGCUCCAGCUGCACCCAGAGCCAGGAGGGUCCUGCACCCCAAACCAGCGUUGCACCUCAAACCAACUGCACCCUGAACCAGGAGAGAGCUAUGCCCUGGCCCAGCUGUGCACCCUAAACCCACUGUCCCUGAACUGGGAGGUUCCUGUGCCCUGAAUGUGCUCCAGAAUGGCUGCGCUCUGAACCAGAAGUGACCCGCACCCCCAAACCAGAUGUAUGCCCCAAACUUCUUGUACCCUCAUCCUGCUGUGCCCUAGACCAGGAGGGACUUGCACCCCAAAGCCCCCGUGCACCCUGACCCUCCUGCACCCUAAACCAGGAGGCACCUGCACCUCAAAGAAUCCGUGUGCCUGGUCUGGCUGCAUCCUGGUGCGAUGGAUAACGCCCUGCCUCUGGAAGCAGAGCUGGAGCACCAGUGGCUGCUCAACGCCUCCCUGAAUGAGUCCUUCUCAAAUCAGUUUGUGCAGCCGCCAUGGCAGGUGGCCCUGUGGGCUGUCGCCUAUGCCCUCAUCGUGGUGGUGUCAGUGGUGGGGAACGUGGUGGUGAUGUGGAUCAUUCUGGCUCACAAAAGGAUGCGCACCGUCACCAACUACUUCUUGGUGAACUUGGCUUUUGCCGAAGCCUCCAUGUCCGCCUUCAACACAGUGGUGAACUUCACGUACGCCAUCCACAAUGAGUGGUACUAUGGGCUGCUCUACUGCAAGUUUCACAACUUCUUCCCCAUUGCCGCUGUCUUUGCCAGCAUCUACUCCAUGACAGCCAUCGCCCUGGACAGGUACAUGGCUAUCAUCCACCCGCUGCAACCUCGGCUCUCAGCUACUGCCACCAAGGUGGUCAUCGGCAUCAUCUGGCUUCUCUUUCCUCUGGGCAUCCCCCAGGGUUACUACUCGGUGAUGGAGGAGCUGCCGGGCCGGCUGGUGUGUCUGGUGGAGUGGCCAGAGCACAGCACUAAUGUGUAUGGAAAAACGUAUCACUUCUGCAUGACCAUCCUGAUCUACUUCUUGCCACUUCUGGUGAUAGGAUGUGCCUACACGGUGGUCGGCAUUACCCUGUGGGCAAGUGAGAUACCUGGUGACAACUCUGACCGCUACCACGAGCAGGUCUCAGCUAAGCGGAAGGUAGUGAAGAUGAUGAUCAUCGUGGUAUGCACAUUUGCGCUGUGCUGGCUGCCCUACCACAUCUACUUCACUCUGCAGUAUUUCAACCCUGAGUGGUACCUGCAGAAGUUCAUCCAGCAGGUCUACUUGGCUAUCAUGUGGCUGGCCAUGAGCUCCACCAUGUACAACCCCAUCAUCUACUGCUGCCUCAAUGACAGGUUUCGCGUGGGGUUCAAACACGCGUUUCAGUGGUGCCCAUUCAUCAGUGCCGGCGAGUACGAGGGCCUGGAAAUGAAGUCAGCCAGGUACCUGCAGACACAGAGCAGCAUGUACAAGGUCAGCCGGAUAGAGACCACCGUGUCCUCAGCGGCUGGCACAGCUGAAGAGGAACUGGAGGAGUGUGGCAAGGCCAAGCGUCUCUCUGUAGACAUGACAUCCAAUGGCUCUUCCCGCAGUGACUCCAAAACAGUCUCCGAGAAAGCCUCAGCUUCUACUCCAAACACACUCACCUAAGCAGUUCGCCGCCGCAGUUGGCCACUCGCAGGGGUGCCACUAUCCCCUUUCCCUUAACAGAUGCUCUGCCGAUCAAUUCCAUCCAGCAUCAUACCCUGGUUGUGAUGUGCUGGCUUUUUUCUGUGCUGUUUUACCAUCUCUUGCUGUGCCGCUCACUCACUAUCCUUGGGUGAGCCCAAGAGUACAAGCUCUGGAUUGGUUCUAUGUGCUCCACUACGGCUCAGGACUGCACACAAGGGCGGUUCAGCUGGCCUCUGCCUUGCUCGCUGUCCAUCCAACCCCCCACGUACCAGGUGGUGGAUAGGAUGCAGAAAUGGGACAGAGCCGGGUUUUUCUCCUAAACCACAUGUACAAGGCUGUCAGGCAUUUCCCUGCUGUCUCAAGGCAGCAGGGAUCUCCCAGUACAUCCCACCCCACAGGAAAAAAAUGAACCAGUCUUGCACUUUCCUCCUCUCACUUUUAAUUUCGUUGUUUCUGUCACUCUCGGCUGAAGAUCCAGAAUGACAUUCAGUUAAAAAAUCCAGCAAGAAAUGCUGUUUUCACCUUCAGGAACCUCCACAUCCAUGGGGCACAGCUGCUCACCAGGCACUUCAACCCCAAUCCAGGCAUUUCUGCACAGUCUCAGCUCAUCUCCAGCACCCACAUCCUUCUGCACGAUGGUUUCCUGUUGCCGCUCCACCACGCUGCUCAUCAAAACAGGGCUCUUGAGGAGCAUUUCUGAGCCGAGACAGACUUUGGUUGCUGUUAAUCAACCGUACGUGCCAAAAGCAAUCACUGUGAUUUCCUAAAAAGCCCAAGGUGGUGUCUCUGGGAUAGGCUUUGGAAGCCUGGGGAGGUCUGGAAAAGAGACUGGCCAGACUGGAAUGUUUUCCACGGCCUAGAAAUGUCUAGAGCUGCAGGAAAGGGUAGAUUUCCAUCAGAAAAAACAAGUUCUGCCAGCAAACAAGGUUUGAAGGGAGGCAGGGAUCUUGUAGACACUUUUUACCCAGAGGAGGGCUGAAACAAUUUGCUUCCACUUCUGGAUUUGUUUGAAUCAGGCAAGCUUUUUCCUUUUCAUCCCUGUGUCUUUUGCAUAAAACAUUAGGUUUAUGAUGUGUACAUGGAUAUAUUUAAUAUUUCAGUUGUCACGAUGGACAACUGGGGAUCUCACUGGGGCUGUUCAUACAAAGGGCUCCUUUGGUCAGCAAAUGUAUGAACAGACACUCAAAGUGGUGGAAAAAAGAGUCAAUAAAAUGAGAAGUGGGGAAACUCAGCUUGUUGGAACAACCCCACCAGUCUGGAGGCACUUUGGGGGCGAUUUUACUCACUGCUCCUGGUUGCUGGUCCAGCUUCUCAUUGUUGGGGUAGAACUCAGACUCCUAAACUGGAUUCACUGCAAGACAGAAACGCUGGAGAGAUGCACGACAGAUUGGCACAGGGGAAGGAGACAGCUCAUUCCUUUCAGGGCAGCCCAACAUCAGACCCUGCUGAGCUCACAGCAAUUUCUGCAAGUAAAGGAGAGGUGAUUUGGGGAGAUUUUCAGCUCUUCAGCUUCCAAACUGGCUGCUGGAAGGUCCAGUCAUUAAUAAAACCCUAGCCAUGGUGGUUCUUGGAGAUAAGAAUACAUAUAUUUAAACAAUGACUCCAGCAGAAAGUUUGAAUGAAUGGGCAAAGAGAUGUAUCCAGGUCGGCCACAAAAUUGGAUUAACAAGAAUUAUCAUCUUCAUUUUUAACCCAAACCCUGCCAAGUGCCAUCAGUGAGGAGCAGCUCUUCCAGCCACCUCUUCCCGACUGCUGCGACUACGCAGAAUCACGAACUGUGCUGGAACAUGCUUAAACUUCUGCUUCUCACUGUUCUUGUCGCCUUAAGACAUUUCCUUGCUGCUGCCUUCUGCAACCCAGCAGCGUGGAGAAGAGGGAAUGAUGUGAACCUGCCUGCGGAAUGGAGUUCGCCAAAUCCCACCAGCCUCAUGCAGCAGUGAUCGAAGGGAUGGGUGAUGCCAAGGGGUUUAACCCAAGGGUUGGACUAGGAAACUUCUCCCACCAACUCCACAGGAGCUGUGCUGCCAAUACACGAGAAGGUGCUACAAACCAGAGCCAAAGUCUGAUUUCCUCCCAACUGUCAACAUAGGUUGGAAUUAAAAUGAAACCAAAUAGCUCAAAAUGGUCUGGAGAGAAGGAUCAGGCAAGCAGAGAUCUGCUCAUACACCCCAAACAUCAGGUUGUGAGCCUGCAGAAAUCAGCAUUUAGGGGGAAAAUUAAGAUAUAUCAAUGUGUGUGUAUGUUGUAUAUAUGUGUGUAACCAUGCUGCCCUGUUGUACUUCUUCUUUAAGCCCCAAGGAUGCCGUGAUCAUGGGAUGUGCUCAGGAAUGACAACUGUCUUCUCACAAGCAAUGCUCAGCUUGAAACAUGGGAUAAGCCCGAGGGCAUGCAUGGAGACUUCCAGUCAAGCAGACAGUUUACAGCCCAAAACGCUUCUUGUGCAUCUUGUAGAAAACUCACACUUGAAAUAAAAGGUGAGAAAUUUCCACUGGCUAUAAACAGUGUCAACGACCACAGUAGGGCUGUCUGGGACACCCAAGCUGAUGGAGACAUGUUAAGGGAUCAUUCAACAGCUGGAGAGAGAUGCAGGAACCCCAAAAUCAUAGAACAGUUUGGGUUGGAAGGGACCUUAAAGAUCAUCCACUUCCAACCCGAAAUGUUCUGUGUCAGCAGGUACAACACGCACAAACCAAUGCUUUCCUCUCCCCCCUCCAAGAAUCGGGUUGUUUCAUCAGUGGAGGCAAGAACAGGGACGAGGAGAAGCUCUUUUCAUAUUUAGGAUGGGAAGUUAGGGUCAGGUCCAUGUCCACGCAUGACGUGCAUCAGGCUGGUUCCACCAACCUUGGGAUGGUUUGUGCCUGCAAAAUCUACACAGAAGUCUUCUUCUGAAGGCCAAAAAACACCAAACAAGCAACCCUGCCCGGGCUUGAGGACAGGACACCUAACUAUGUGGUAGGUCCAGUCUCCAUACUGUUUCCAGCUCUCCUUUCAAAGAAGUCAGCUCUAACUCAGAGGCUUUUUCUAGUGUAUUAAGCCCGUUUCCCUAGUUUGCCUGCAGAUCUCUGAUCAGAAAUUCAAUUGCAAAGUGAUACAGUUUGUUUGUCUCAUUCCUGGCUCUCUGAAAUGCAAACUAAUAGCAUCUGGAGAGACUCACUCAGCAGGUCUGCACACAUCUAUUCACCACCUCCUCCUUGGAGGCACACAGAGAAUUCCCACCGUCAGCAAGGGGAGCUGCCUGAGCCCAGCUAAAAUCCACUCCAAGCCACAACCAUAGCAGAAGGGAGGUCUGAAACCCAAAUCCCAGCCUGCAGCCAUCUCCUUAACCCCAGAGGAUUGAUAUAAGCUCAGGUUUCCUUCCUGGCACUGAGAAAUUACUCUUCCCACUGGCUUCCAGCAGGAGCAUGGAGCAGAAAAUCCUUGUCUCCAGGCAUACCUCAAGGUCUGCUCAGUUGCUCCGAAACAGAAUUACGGAGUCAUGGCAUGGUUUGGGCAGGAAGGUACCUCAAAAGCCCAUCCAGUCCCACCCCCUGCCAUGGGCAGGGACACCUCCCACUGGAUCAGGGGCUCCAAGCCCCAUCCAACCUGGCCUUGAACACCUCCAGGGAUGGGGCAGCCACCACUGCUCUGGGCAGCCUGGGCCAGGGCCUCCCCACCCUCACAGGGAAACAUUUCUCCCCAAGAUCUCAUCUCCAUCUCCCCUCUUGCAGCUCAAAACCGUUCCCCUUAUCCUGUCCCUGCACUCCCUGAUCAAGAGCCCCUCCCCAGCUUUCCUGGAGCCCCUUUCCAUACUGGAAGCUGCUCUAAGGUCUCCCCAGAGCCUCCAGGCUGACCAACCCCAACUCUCAGCCUGGCCUCCUAUGGGAGGUGCUCCAGCCCUUGGAUCUUCUCUGUGGCCUCCCUGGACUCACUCCAACAGCUCCAUGUCCUUCCUUCCCGGACACAGAGCUCCAGGUAAGGUCUCACAAGAGCAGAGCAGAGUGGCAGAAUCCACUCCCAUACAACAUUUAGACCUCAUUUCACAUGUGAUCAUUUAUCUCUCACCAGCUAGAAUCAAAAAACAGCAAGAGAUAAGCAAGAGCCUGCUCACCAGAAAAAUGAG